AUGGCCAUUGUGCAGGGAGCAGACCCGCUUCAGUCAUUGCUCCUUGUCCUUACCCAGUCUUUAAUCAAAUGCCUACUUGAACCGGGGUUACUCGUUGUCUUACGAUGGCGCAAACAAGCAGGGAUAUACCCUGAAGCCUGUACCCAUGAAGCUUACAUACAGCCUGUAGACGCCGCCACUGAACUUAUAACUGCCUUAGCCCCAUGUACAUACAGUAAGAGGUCAGAAUACGCUAGUUCGAGAAAGUUAGUAGCUGACUGCUUCCAGAUUUGA